UAGACCCCGGGCUGUGGGGCUGGGCUGGCUCUGGUGGCUCUGAGGAGGAGGCCUCAGGUUUCUCUUCCCGCGCUGCCCGAGGCCUUGCCCAGCUCCGCAGGCUCUCUCGUCGCUGGUUGAACGCUCCCACGCUGUCCUCCGUCUAAUAGCAGUGACGUCUGGGGGCAUCUGCGGGUCUGGAACGCGCCUGUUCAGCCGCUCUGGACACAGAGAUGCCGAGACCUCCGGCGGCUAGAAGGGCCCCGGGGACGGAGGGCGGGCCUGCCGGGGGCCCGGGGUACAGAGAUGCGAGACCUCCCGGUGCCUAGAAGGGCCGCGGGCGCGAGGAAGGGGAGCGAGCUCUGCUGCCGUCCGCCGCUUUGUUCUGUGCUUCGGCGAGGGACACGCGGCCGCCGUCCGUGCCUCGGCUCCGGGAGCGAAGGGCUCCCGCGGGGGGCGCGGUCCCGCGUCCCGGGAGGGCGGCCUUGUCCAGCGUCUCCUCUGCCUGCUGUGGGGUAUGACAGGAGCCGCCGAGGCUGUCGGGGUCCAGGCUCUCCCAGGCCUACCCAACCGCGGACUGUCUGGCUGCUUGGCCAGUGAAGACACUGGGGUUGGGAGGAGUGGUGACUCAAGGAACGCGUGCGUUGAGCCCACAGAGGCCAGAUCUCUGCUGGGCAGGUGGUUUGGAGUGAGGCUGCUCACGGUGCCUGGGAAUAAGGUGCUCUGCUCUUGAACACUCACCCUUCCACUUGAGAUCCUGUGAUCUACUACAUCUUGUCUUCCUUGAAUAAUUCUUACCCUGUUACAGAGAAACUGGGGCACGCGCAUUUCCUCUUUCUCCUGGCAGAUGGUGAAAUGGACUAUCAUUCUAAUGGAGCUAUCAUUCUAAGUCAUUCCUGAAAAAUCAGAAUCACAUGCUGCCCUCAAGAGAAUUCCACAUAAGUGUUGCCAAGAAAAUAAAAAAAUUCUAAAAGACAAGACUAGGAGAGCCACUGGAAUGCCCCUAGCAGGACAAGAUGAGGAGAAAGACGAGAAAGUUCAAACGUACGACGUUUGAAGAUAGUAAAUCAGCCAGAGGAGGGAGUGACCAAGAUUGUGAAGAUGAUGGUAGUCAGUGCUGUGACUCUGCCACAGAUGAGCGAGGUCAUGGUGAAAAGAGACAGUAUGUGUGUACUGAGUGUGGAAAAGCCUUUAGUCAGAGCGCCAACCUCACCGUGCACGAGCGAAUCCACACAGGAGAGAAGCCUUACAAGUGUAAGGAAUGCGGGAAAGCAUUCAGUCACAGCUCCAACCUUGUGGUCCAUCGGAGAAUCCACACUGGCCUGAAGCCCUACACAUGUAGUGAGUGUGGGAAAGCCUUCAGUGGUAAGUCACACCUCAUUCGGCACCAGGGCGUCCACAGUGGAGAGAAAAUAUUCGGAUGUAAGGAGUGUGGGAAAGCUUUCAGUCGGAGUUCAGGACUUAUUUCUCAUCACAGGGUUCACACUGGUGAGAAGCCCUACACUUGUGUGGAGUGUGGGAAAGCGUUUAGUAGGAGUUCAAACCUCACUCAACACCAGAGAAUGCACAGAGGAAAAAAGGUUUACAAGUGUAAAGAGUGUGGGAAGACAUGUGGUUCCAAUACAAAGAUUAUGGACCAUCAGAGGAUUCACACCGGGGAGAAGCCCUACGAGUGUGACGAGUGUGGAAAAGCCUUCCUGUUGAGGAAGGCGCUUAAUGAACACCAGAGACUCCACCGCAGAGAGAAACCUUACAAAUGCAACGAGUGCGGGAAAGCUUUCACUUCCAACCGCAACCUUAUAGAUCAUCAGAGAGUUCACACUGGAGAGAAACCUUACAAAUGUAACGAGUGUGGGAAAACUUUCAGGCAGACAUCUCAAGUCAUUUUACAUUUGAGAACCCAUACCAAAGAGAAGCCAUAUAAAUGUGUCGAGUGUGGGAAAGCCUACCGCUACAGCUCACAACUUAUUCAACAUCAAAGGAAACAUAACGAAGACAAAGAAACCCUAUUAUUUACCAGCCAGGUGUGAGGGCACACUAGUCCCAGCAUUUCGGAGGCACUGACGAGGAGAUCUCUGUGAGUUUAAAGCCAGCCUGGUCUACAUAAUGAGUUCUAGACUAAACCAGGGCCAAAGUGAGACCCUGUCUUAGGAAAAAAAGAAAAAUUGGCAAUAAUGUUAAUUGCUACUUUUCUGAAAACUAGAUUUUUAAUAACAACAAACAAUUCUGCUUCUAAGAAUCCAUACAGGGAAAGUAAUAAGUGCCUAGAGUUUAAAAAAGUGGAUAUUCAUGCAUCGUACCUAACUGGAGGAGGAAACAAACAAAGCCACCAGAACUAGGUGAUUGCACGUGCAGCAUGAGGGAUUGGCAGGCUGCUACAUCAAGUUUCUGAAGCUCCUGUUCCUAAAGGACUUUCAUGUACGCCCUGGGAGAAAUUUCUGGAUACAAUGGAAAAUGAAAAAAUGAACUAGCCAGACAAAAUACUUAUGCCUAGGAAAAACAAGAAAAGAGCAAGAGGACUAAAUCUAAAUUUUAACAAUGAUUAUCUCUGGGUGAUAGGUUGUAGGUGAUUUUUAUUUUAUUCUGUAUACUUUUCUAUGAUCUCUAGAUUUUCUACAAUGAAAGCAUUCAUUACUUUUAUAUUUAAGAAAAAUUAUGAUCUAUUUUAAAUGAGUACAUAUUCAUUUGUAUUUAGUAUUGGUAGGAAAAGUACCUGUUAGGUAGUCUGAAAAAUCUUGGGAUUCUGCCAGACGGUGGUAGCACACUCUUUUAAUCCCAGUAUUCAGGAGACAGAGAAAGAGGCGGAUGGAUCUCUGUGAGUUCAAGGCCAGCCUGGUCUACAAACCAAGACCCAGGACAAGACAGCCAGGGCUACAUAGAGAAACCCUGUCUCAGAACAAAAACAACAACCUUGGGAUUCUCCCUAAUACUGGCACUCAGGGGAAGUGGAAUUAUGAGCAAAUCCAUUUAUUUUUGAAUCCAGUUCCUAUUAAUGAAACUGGCACUGCCUGUGUUCUCGGCAGUUUUGAGAUGCAUGGACUCUGUCAUUACCGCUAGGUUAGAAGAGCGCAGCAGGGAAAAUUAGUGCACCUCCUUUUCCUGUGUGAUAAAGAAUCCCCACGUGAUGGACAGCUGCUUGAGCGCCGUUCUUCCAGCAGAUGUCUAGACAUUGGAGGGGGGCGAGUUUUUCUCUUAACGAGCUGGAGAAAUUGUAGACUCAAAAACUAGAAAGUGGAGAACUUUGCCUUCAUCAUGUUAUGUGGGGUGAGUGGAUGAAAUACAGCUGGUCCAGGAGAUCCGGUCCUGCCCACUUGCCGAGUGCCAACCUACCCACGUUGGACAAACGACUUUGCUGCUCAGACUAGACUGUUCACCUCAGAGGGUUCCCAUGAGGAUAAAGUGAGACGAUGCCAACCCUGGUACAUGGCAGAAACAAACAGCUCUUGUGACGGUUAUUGGAGCCAUGUUUCUGAACACUUGAGAAAUCAAAUAACUUAAGAGAUGUAGCAUUUAGGAUAUUUUCAGGAUUCCAGUAAUAGCUUACAUCUUUAAAAUAUUCAGGUUUUUUUGUUUUUGUUUUUUGUUUUUCUUUUUGUGUUUGUUUUUGAGGAGGUAGUCUAGAAUUAAGCAGUUUGUACUUGUUUUUGUAACUCAGAAGUUCCUCAGACUUGCAAUAACCCCAUACAUGUUUUAUCAGAUUGUUUUCAUUUUUCAUUAUCUCAUAGUUGCAAGCCAUGGGCCACAGCUGCAUGCUUCUUCAUACAGCUUCUCCAAAGAUCGGGUGCGAGGGAUGGAACAAGAUUUAUUAUGUAUAAAGGGUUCUGCCUGCAUGUAUGCCUGCACACCAGAAAAGGGCACCAGAUCUCAUUACAGAUGGUUGUGAGCCACGAUGGGGUUGCUGGGAAUUGAACUCAGGACCUCUGGAAGAGCAGCCAGUGCUCUUAACCAUCUCUCCAGCCCCAGAACAGAACAUCUUUAUAUAGCUUAUUACUAUUAAAAAACAAACAACAUGUUUCCUCAAAUGGGACAGUAUGCUAUUACAAAUGCAACCGGAUUUCCCAGUAUUGAAUGUGAGACCUGGCCAACCCCUAUGCCACUUGCUUGUAACACCCCAUCUUUACUGCAAGCUUAAGGAAGGUUUUAGCCUAUCUUUAGUCACUAUCAAAACUUUCAAUCCCCUAGUUCAGAAUCUGCCUAGCUAUAUUUAGCAUCUCUCUAUUACUAAUUCUUUUUGUAUAUAAUAAAUUCCAUAAGUCAA